CAUCACAGCUACAGUAUGGCCUCCAGCCCAGCUGGAGUUCCUAGCCCACAGCCCUCUAGGGCCAAUGGGAGCAUCAACCUGGGACCAUCAGCUAACCCAAAUGCCCGACCCACAGACUUCGACUUCCUCAAAGUCAUUGGCAAAGGGAACUAUGGGAAGGUCCUACUGGCCAAGCGCAAGUCCGACGGAGCCUUCUAUGCAGUGAAGGUGCUGCAGAAGAAGUCCAUCUUAAAGAGCAAAGAGCAGAACCACAUCAUGGCAGAGCGCAAUGUACUGCUAAAGAACGUGAGGCACCCCUUCCUUGUGGGCCUGCGCUACUCCUUCCAGACCCCAGAGAAGCUCUACUUUGUGCUUGACUAUGUCAAUGGAGGAGAGCUCUUCUUCCACCUGCAGCGGGAGCGCAGGUUCCUGGAGCCCCGGGCCCGGUUCUACACUGCAGAAGUGGCCAGCGCCAUUGGCUACCUACACUCUCUCAACAUCAUUUACAGAGACUUGAAGCCAGAAAACAUUCUCUUGGACUGCCAGGGACACGUAGUACUGACGGAUUUUGGCCUUUGCAAGGAAUGUGUGGAGCCUGAAGAGACCACAUCCACCUUCUGCGGCACCCCCGAGUACCUGGCCCCUGAAGUGCUUCGUAAAGAGCCUUACGAUCGAGCGGUGGACUGGUGGUGCUUAGGGGCAGUCCUCUACGAGAUGCUGCAUGGCCUGCCCCCCUUUUUCAACAGCGAUGUGGCCCAGAUGUAUGAGAACAUUUUACAUCAACCACUACAGAUCCCUGGAGGCCGGACAGUGGCCGCCUGUGACCUCCUGCAAGGCCUUCUCCACAAGGACCAGAGGCAGCGGCUGGGCUCCAAGGCAGACUUUCUCGACAUAAAGGACCAUGUGUUCUUCAGUUCCAUAAACUGGGAUGACCUGUACCACAAGAGACUAACUCCACCCUUCAACCCAAAUGUGGAAGGACCUGCUGACUUGAAACACUUUGACCCAGAGUUCACCCAGGAAGCUGUGUCCAAGUCCAUUGGCUGCACCCCUGACACCAUGGCCAGCAGUUCUGGGGCCUCAAGUGCAUUCCUCGGAUUUUCCUAUGCACAGGAAGAUGAUGACAUCUUGGACUCAUAAGAGACAAGCAUUUGCAA